AUGUUGGAGAUGCUUGAAUACAGCCAUUAUCAGGUGCAGUCCCACCUGGAGAACCCCACUAAGUACCACAUCCAGCAGGCUCAGCGGCAACAGGUGAGGCAGUACCUGUCCACCACCCUGGGGGGUAAAGCGGGUAGCCAAUGCCCCAGCCAGCCCCCGGAGCACGGCAUGCCCCCCGGCCCGGGCAGCAGCGCUCCCAACAGCCCCAUGGCCCUGCUCACCCUCAGCUCCAACUGUGAGAAAGAGAUGGAUGAUGUCAUCGACGAUAUUAUCAGCUUGGAGUCGAGUUACAAUGAAGAUAUUCUUGGACUUAUGGACCCGGGACUCCAAAUUCCAAACACGCUGCCUGUGUCUGGUAACCUUCUGGACAUGUACGGCAACCAAGGACUCCCACCUCCAGGCCUCGCCAUCAGCAACUCCUGUCCUUCAAAUCUACCUAACAUUAAAAGGGAAUACACAGUUACCCCAGCUCCUGGCAUGAUGCACGUACUGGACAAGCCUGGAUCCUGUGGUCAGUAUGAAAACUACCAAAGGCCAGAAGGCUUUCCAGUAGAGGCUGAAGUUCGAGCCCUUGCUAAAGAGAGGCAGAAAAAGGACAACCACAACCUAAUUGAACGAAGGCGGCGGUUCAAUAUCAAUGAUCGCAUCAAAGAACUGGGCACCUUAAUUCCUAAGUCAAAUGAUCCGGACAUGCGCUGGAAUAAGGGCACCAUUCUGAAAGCCUCAGUGGACUACAUCAGGAAGCUGCAGCGGGAGCAGCAGAGAGCCAAGGAGGUGGAGUGCAGACAGAGGAGGCUGGAGCACGCCAACCGCCACCUGAUGCUUCGUAUACAGGAGCUGGAGAUGCAGGCGCGGGCUCAUGGUCUUGCAGUGGUGUCGUCCCCGCCUGUGUGCACCUCAGAGUUGAUGGCUCGAGCCAUCAAACAGGAGCCUGUCCUUGGUGACUGCCCCACAGAGCUCUACCAGCACACCUCGGCUGCUGACAUGUCCCCUCCAACCACACUGGACCUCAACAACGGCACCAUCACCUUUGAUCAGAUCCCCUCAGACACCGGCGAGCCUGGACCUUACAGUAACUCCAAGACCUGUAAAAUGAAGGAACUGGGAAGGGACAACACCAUGUCGCCGAUCUCCUCCAAUGACCCCCUGCUGUCCUCGGUGUCCCCUCAAGCCUCCAACAACAGCAGCCGCCGCAGCUCCAGCUCUAGCAUGGAGGAGCGAGAGCACGGUUGUUAG